AUGGGAGCUGAGGAGAAGACGGCGGAGCCGCCGCGCCAAGAUACCACGGCGGAGGAUACCAUCGACGCCUUGCUUGAGGCUGCUAGAUAUGAUGAUAUAGAUGAUGUCAGAAGCAUAGCGUCUGCUGGUGUUUCUCUGGAUUCUAAAGAUUCUGAAGGCCGCACAGCGCUACAUAUGGCUUCGGCGAAUGGACAUCUCGAAAUUGUCGAUUUUCUUAUCAGCAGUGGCGCGGACGUGAAUACAUGCAACACGGAGAAAAAUACUCCUCUUCACUGGGCUUGUCUCAAUGGUCACAUUGAGGUUGUCAAACAUCUCAUCCUUGCCGGUGCCAGUCCCACGUUGCUCAACAGUCACCACAGGACUCCCGUUGAUGAGGCAGUCACUCGGGGCAAAAUGGGUGUCAUUGAUGCAAUUAAUGAAGCAGCUGCCCAGGCUGAACUUGCUGGAACUCGAGUUUAG